GUCACUUGAUUGUAAGAUCAUUGUAAUUUCUACAGAUAAAUUUUAGAAAAGGAUGUUUACGACUUGUUGUACUCAUUUAAUAAUUAGCCAAUUGUGAUAAAUUGGUCUAGUUAACUGUGAAAAAUCAUUUCAAAAUUUCGCGUUACUCGAUAAAUUUUAGUUUACAUUUUAUACAGUGUAACACGCUACUUAACAAAUGUUUGUUUUGAUAUCUUCGUACGGUUUUAUUCGUUAAAAAUGGAAGGAGGAGAGUGGAGAAAUAGCAUAAUAAGCCAGUUACAGGCCCGAAACAAGUAUCAAACUGCAGCCUUUCAAGAUGUUAUAACAUUUCAAAGCCGUCUAUUUGACAAUGUCAACACACUUAAGAAUGAAAAUCUUCAGCUAACGCUGGUUAAUGAGAGGAUAAGGUAUUCGACUUCUGAAAAUGGUAUAUCAAGUGCAGGUGGUGGCAGCAACGAGAGGGUUCAAGCUUUGGAACAGAAGAUUCUGGUUCAGCAAGAAGAACUCACAAAUUUGCAUAGAAGACGCGGCGAAAGCGCUCAGCAAAUCAUAAACCUAAAUGCUAAAGUUCAUGACUUGGAGAAACAGCUGCAAGCAAAGGAUAUUGUUAUUUCAGAAAACACUGCCUUGAUAGCUUCUCUUCGUGCCGAGAUUCAACUUUAUGAAAACAACAUGACUGAACUAGAAGGACUAAACACUGUACUGAGAGACGAGCACCAAGCCUUACAAAUCGCGUUUGCAGCUAUAGAAGAGAAAUUGAGGAAAGCACAGGACGAAAAUCGGACGCUCGUUGAAAGACUCAUCAAAUACAAAUCAAAAGAUGCCGAUAAAAUGAACGAAGAGAACGAGCAUUUUCUCAAGUCAAGCCCUACCGCGUUUCUCAUCAACACGUUUGGUAGAGUUAGUUUCGGAAAAAAGAGCGACAGGGUACGGAGAGAGUUGGAGGAAGCAGCCAGAGAAGGUGGCAGUCGGGGCAGCAUCGGAUCGGCGGGUAGUUCGGCGGAAGAUAAAAUCUUGGAUUCUAUGCCGUUUUAUGCCACAGCUUUGCCGACUAAAGUUGCAUUACGAUUCGACGCGCAUGAGGGAGACGUGAAUGCGGUAAAGUGGAGCCCGACGGAACGAACGUUAGCAACGGGAGGAUCGGAUAGAAAAGUCAAAUUAUGGGACUUGUCUAAAAUGGGCACGGUGGAGAACAAAGGCACACUAGUCGGCUCCAACGCCGGCGUCAUGUCGGUCGACUUCGACUCCACCGGGGCGUACCUCGUGGGCGCUUCCAACGACUUCGCGAGCCGCGUGUGGACCGUCGCCGACCAGAGACUGAGGCAUACGCUAACGGGUCACAGCGCCAAAGUGAUGGCCGCAAAGUUCCUGGGAGAGCCCACCAAAGUGAUCACCGGCAGCCACGACCGGACACUCAAGAUAUGGGACCUAAGGAGUAAAAUGUGUACAGAAACAAAGUUCGCGGGAUCGUCGUGCAACGACCUGGUCACCUCAGAUAGCGCCGGCUCCACCAUCAUUUCCGGACACUUCGACAAGACGAUACGGUUCUGGGACAUACGUACCGAGAUGUCUGCCAACCAUAUUGUACUACAAGGAAAAAUCACCUCACUAGACCUGAGUAGAGACAGCAAUUAUUUGCUGGCGUGCGUACGCGACGAUACAAUACAGCUGAUCGACUUGCGACAGAACACCAUUGUCCGGACCUUCAGUCACGAGGCGUUCAAGGUGGGGUGCGACUGGUCGCGGGCGGCGUUCGGGCCGGCGGGCCGGCUGCUAGCGGUGGGGGCGGCUGACGGCGCCGCCUACGUGUGGAACACACAUUCCGGCAAGCUGGAAGCCACUCUGAAAGACCACUCGGCGGCGGUGACAGCUGUAUCGUGGCACCCGCAGUCUGGACUGCUGGCGUCCGUGGACCGAGGCAAGCGCGCUGUCAUCUGGGGCGACUUGUGACACGCCCUGGACGCUCCCUCACCUCCCCCUCCGGCUCAAAUGAGCGAGAACUCCGCACUUCCCACAGAGAGUGAGACCGACAACACUGAAGUAUUCAACUUCUUUCGCGGCAUCACUACUGACAUAUUGCAUCGUUUCGCAUGAAAAGACAUCAAUGCACAUAGGUAUCCAAGAGGUCAUAGACUUUAUACUCUACGAUGUCAGUCUGUGCCAGGAAAGUAUCGACUGACAGACAUUUAAUAUAACAUUCGAUAUUUUUACUGCUUUGAAUGAUUUUCAGCAAUUAUUGGAAAGUCUUAGCUUUUAUAAUAAGACAGUGAAUGCGAGCUUUGUUACUGUCGAUACUUUUGAAGAUUAUUUUUUAAUUUAUAAAUGUAACCUAAUAUUUGCCAACAUGAACUGUGUUUUGUAAAUACAAAUUGUGUACAGGAAGGUAUAAUUAUACCUGCUAAUAGUCGUAAAAGAAUGCUUGUUGAAUAUGAUUUAUUAUAAGUGUUAAUGAUAAUUGUACAGAAGUCUUAUAGUGGUGCUUGAAGGCGGCCCACGUUCUAAAUUAUUUGACUGAAGGAACGUUCAAGGAAAUUCACGUUCGAUUUCUUCGUGAAGUACUUUAUUUUUCUCCCCGGAUAUUUUCCAUGUUGUACGACUGCUAUUUGUUUCUAUUGUAUAUGUAGGUAUGUAUACCAAAUCUGCAAUCAACAUUUUAACUGUAUGUAAUUUCAACAGUUUAGUCUUGCCUGACCGGCAUGCAGUGGACAGUUACUAAACAAAUAAUUCGGUUAGGUAAGUACAUAUUGUACAACUGUAGGUAGGUACAAUAUGCAUUAACACUUAGGUGCUAGAUUUCGAGUCAUUAUUUUGUAUGACCUGCCUAACGCAUUAUUUUAAGGCCUUUUAUAUUAAUGAUGGCAAUAUUGCUAAGUCAGGUAGCUUUAGCAUAUUAAGUUUAAUAACUCUUCCCCUUACCUUACUUAGCUACAUAUUGGAAAUCAACCUCAUUCGACGUCUAAAAAGAGAUCAGCGUCCAGUGUCUAAUAAGAUUCCGUUAGAUCUUUAUAUGUAGAUAUAUUGACGAAAUCUGGCGCGUAUUUGAAUUUUCAUAGUCAGGACAUCUCUCGCCAGGUCUUAUUAAUCGACCUACAUAUCCUAUUACUUAUGUAUUGCCAGAGACUAGUAAAUUUUCUACGCGGAAAACCUCCAUACAACACAACGUUACUCGUGUGUCUUUUUACUAUUUUUCUAUUUUAUAUCCACUUAUCCAACCUAAACCAAAAACCUGACUUGCCUGGCUGCACUAGAUAAUAUAUGCACAAAAAUAGGUACAAUCAAAGCAUAAUAAAAUCAUUUUAGGCAUGCUGCUCUUAUGGACUGGCGCCUUCCAUGCCUUUUCUAAAUAUUUUUUUUUUAAUUUACUAUUUUAUGCUUUUAAUGUGACUCGAACUGCAGUCAGAUACCUAAAUCCAAUUUCACAAGCUCUUAUUUAGUUUAACUUGUCCCGUUGUCUGUUGUCGGUAUGUCUGUAAUCAAAUCUUGCAAUUUAAAUUUGUCCCACUUCCCGGUUUCCGAUAAAACUAAAUUGUACCAAAAAACAUGAAAUUGAAGAAUUUAUUCACUUAAUAAUGCGGUAAAUAAAAGCCUUCUAGUCUAGUCGCUAGUAACCCUGCCUACGAAGCAGGUCCCGAUCUCAAGUCCCGCUAAGCAGCCGCUAAGGCAAUUCGUGUGAUCAUCACAAACUUGUGAUUUAGGAGGGUAUUAACCAAACGGAGUAGCCAUUAACAGGCGUUCUUUGUCUAAAAUAGGAAGCCAAUGGCCAAUUAUAUGGACUGACGUUUAUCUGACAGGGCUAUUUUUACGUUUCGUGCUCCUCCCCCGCAAAAAUCGGCAGACUGUUUUGCACAGAAAAUUACAGACAAUGCGUCUAUGUUUGGUUAUAUCCUACAAGAUCAUUCACAUUCACAAUUCUCGCUACGUUGUAGGUAUGUGGCUUGUCAGUCAUCAUUAUUUACUAAACUCUGGUAUUGCAAAUUUUCUAUUAAUAUAGAGGGUCUUUAAUCUUUUUCGCGUGUAAAAAUGUAUUUCACUAAGUAUCCGACAGACAAUUUUGGUGUAACCUGAGGUUAAUGUGUUUACUGUGUGUAAUCGUGCACGUAAUGUGUUCGGAGUGCCAAAAUAACCCGCCGCAAGCGGCAUGAUGGGCUCGUGUCAUUAGCCACGAUUAUAACGCGGGCACACGGCGCGUUCAGUUAAUAAUGUGAACAUUACAAUAACGUCAUUUGAGUCAAUAGCGACACGAGCGUAUGAUUUGUUUCGAAAAACAUAUGGGAAUGCUUAAUAUAAUGCGUAACAAUAGGAAACUUAAAUGUCAGUGACUUAUAAUAUUGUUUAUCUAGUUAUCUAACGGCUCGGAGUCCACGUGAGAACGGGCGGUUGUUGUGAAUUCCGCGCAGAUCACUUCCCAAAGAUUACAGUUUACAGCGCAAAUUAACUUUGCAAGAGUUCUGAGAUAAUUAGAUCCAAGUGUGCUGUAGGGUUAUGAAGCGUACCUACUCGUUAAAUUAUUGUACAGUCAAUAACAGAACUAUGAAUACAGGCAAAGUGUCAAAAAUAUGUAUACAGUACUUUAUUGCCUGUACAUUACAUCGUCGUCGUGUCGUGUAUACAUAUUUUUGGCACUUUGCCUGUAUUCAUAGCUCUGUUGUUGACUGUACAUAGUUAACAAUUGAAAAAAGGUAGAACAUGACCUGAUCUGACUUGUUUAAUGGAUACUGAUAUAAAUUAAUCAUAAUGACGUCAUCGCGUUCUUGUAAUCAAUCGUCACGGACCAAGUACGUCACAUUAACAUACAAUGAUGGAGUCUGAAUGAUGGAUAGAACAGGUAUAUGUAAUACAAUCAAGACAGUAGCACUUUGAUGGUAUUUAUACUACAUGUUUAAUUUAUAACUUUUUUGAGACAAGUAAAAAACAGCAAUAGAAUAUAAUAAUACUUAAACGCAAAAAAAUGCGGUACAUACUUAUUCUGCUGCUUUAAGCAGGUAUGAAACACAUAUAUAAUAAUAUUUUUCACCACACCAAAACAAUAGUUAUUUGUUUUACAAGAGGGUAAUGUUGUUGUUUAACCGCUCGUGCUAAUAUUGAUACCCGAGCAAGCGAAAGAUUCCAAAAUUGAACCACGAGCGUAGCGAGUUUAAACAAAGUUUGCCCCCGAGUGAAACACACAUUUUUUCACCACACCAACCCGAAGCAAAUAUUAAAUAUAAAAUAUCAAACCAAAUCAAAUCCAAAUGAAUGUUAUUAAAUAUUUAUCAUCCAAAAUCAUCAUUUAAAAGUCAAUUGUACCAGCAAACAUAAGAAAACAACUCAAAAUUUGCAUUUCAUUACUUUGCCUCACAUGUGAAUAAAAUGCAAUUUUGCUAUCUGUUUUUGAAGUGCAAAGUAAGCCUUUCCGAGCUGGUGUGUGCAUUAAUAGUAAAACUUUAAAUUGCGAAGCCAUCAACUUAUAUAAAAACUAAAUGCAUUAAAACAUUUUUAUUUAUUAUUUAACAUUUUAAAUCAGGCAACAAGACCCAUAUUACAAAAUUACCUUACAGACUAACAUAUACAUAUAUGCAUUUUUUUAAUCUUAAAAAAAACUAAACACUAUUUAAUCGUUUCUUACUGUUUGAACAUAUAGGCUAAAUUAUGUUUCUUAAUUAAGGACAUAUACACUACAGUAUGUAACUGAACAAAAAGCAAAUCACAUUUUAUUUGUAUGAUUUUUUUUACCCGUUAAAUGCACGUAGUAUAUCCGUCAUAUACUACGUGCAUUUGAUUUUUUUUUGCUAGCGUGGUGUAAUCAUUACAUCAUCCGUGUGUACAAUACUGUACGUGUACGUCCCUAGUCCUACGAGGAUUCGGGUUGAGUUAGGCAUCAUAUUCUUCUCUUCUUAAAUUGCAAGGACCAAAUGAACGAGUAUUUAUUCAAUGUUAUUCGGUCGAUUAUGUUUUAACGGACUUUAAAUUUAAAAAAAAGAGAGGGAAGAGAGGGUUUUUACUAUAUUCUCACUUGUUUCAACAAUACAUGGUAGUGCUUGUUAGUUGAAUUGGUUGGACAAGAUGCUACUAUAUACGUACUACUAUACACUGCCACCUCGGCCCUCCACAAUUACAUUAGCAAGUGUCGCCAUAAAAACAUGCUAGUCACGGUACGCGAGUGAACUAAUUUUGAUAUAUUUAUAGGCGUUCUGCAGAUUACUAGUACAGUGAGAUCCAUGCACACUGCACAGUCCACAGGUUACAGUGAUCACCUACCAUAAAUAAAGAUUACGGUAAAAUAAGAAGCGGGGUCACAAAUAUCCGAUCGCAAUAUCGUUGAAUAUUCGAAAUCUUGUAAACGGUACACGAAACGAGGUCCACGCUUGUCAGAAUUAAAUAAGUACACACGCCUGUUAUAAAGCGAUUUGGGUAAAAGUUUGCAGAAUGUGCAGAAUGCCAUAUGAAGUUUCUGUCACGUGUUUCGAAUACGAAAUCGCAGUUGCAUAUCGUGAGCUUGUGUUGUGGCGAUAAGCGCGCGUUGACAGCGCCCAGGCGCGCGCCUGCGGCGAGCCAUCCAUAAUCCCGUGACGUGUUUUGACAACCGACCGCCGAGAGUUUUUGCGAGAGUUUUUUGUCGUCCAAGGUGUAAUGACCCCAUACCAUUUAUAAUGUAAUUUCCACAUGGUAAUUACUCUUAUAACCGACCACUUAAUUACCCGAAACUGUUGCGACGCCCGCUCAGGACGACGAUCAAAAAACACAAUCCGGCGCCGGUUUUAGAUUAGCCUCCAUUCACCUUCCACCUCCGCUAAUUAGUUUCGAGAACACUCAUGGGUUCCUGAACUAAAACCGGACGCACAAUCUCGUUCUAACUUCGAACCUAUCACUAAAGCACUGGUCUCUCUAUAUAAUCGUAUUUUUCUUGCCAGUUAAACGUGUCAUACUCUAAAUUAUAUUAACGCCUAAACAUUUGGUUCUCUAAUUAAUUUAGAUUUUAUUGAUACAACUUUGUCUUAAUAUAUUAUUGCUGGCCACAAUUUAAGAGCUAGUCAUUUCGUUGCCUAGCUUUAUUCAUACCAUGCGUAUAAAUAUAUAUAUUUGGUUUGUAUAAAAUAUUAUGCGCCUUUAGUGUUUCGAUAUAAUGUUCUAACAGUCGAUAUAUUUAAAAAAUAUAUGUAAAUUAAGUAAUCGGACGCACUAAGUUAAACACAUUAUGCAUGUGAAAGAAGAUAUUAAGGAACCAAACAGCGCUAUCUAUUAGAUAUUUAUACGCGAAUUUAUUGAUAAAGUCAAGAGGUUGAUGUUGUUUGCGCUCAAAUACCUACGUGGGCACCGUUUAUUUAGAAAGUGAGGAGCACAAAAAUUAGGAUAUCUUCAGAUAUACAUACUAAGUUUGUGGCUUGUGCGUCUGUUCUAUUGACCGACAGUUACACCAUUAAUAAUACUUAUACCUAUCCCAAGUUAGACAAUUUGUAAAUUGCGACGUUAAUACUUCUUUCUUUAAGAUCCGGCGUAAAAUAGUUAAUAGAGGUAGGCCUGGAUAUAUAUUUUUAUUUUAGUGAAUUCCAUCAUAUAGCCUAUAUGAUGGAAUUCACUAAAAAUAUUAUUUCUACGUGUUUGGUUGUAUGGCUUCCGUUAUACCCCAACGGAGCGCCGACUGGUAUUGACGAGACUGCAUCAUAAUCUUUCUUAAAGAAUAUUAACUAAGUUCUUAUUCUUAAAGAGUUAUAGUCUGUAAGGACUUGGCAAUGAAAAUCCGUUGCUUGGUCUUGGUAGCGAUCCAUGCAGUAGUGAAACCUCAUUCAAUGUUAACACAUGGAUACUGCGCAAUUAAAGGAUAAUAAAAUUUUCAAUUGGUAACUUACAUAAUUUUGUGUGCUUAGGAAGAAUUAAGUGCCGCAGAUUAUAGUCUAUUCCAUAUGUAUGUAGAAAUCCAUACGUAUGUUUAUGGAAAUAAUAAACCGUGUGGCCCGAUUUAUAAAGUGCAAUCUUUUUGUUUUGCUUACAUCAACCUAUUAUUUUAGAUAUUAAAAUAUGUAUGUGAAAUAUUCAUAGAUUUGGGUCUGUAAAAUAUUUAUGGACAAAUAUGUGCCUUUAAGUAGCAGUAAGCAGAGGGAUUUCCCUCGAGAUAUAUUUUUAGCACUUGCUUGUGACAUAUUUUUUGUAAAGGGGCCCACUGAUUAACAGUCCGCCGGACAGUAUCGGCCUGCCAGUUAAAACAAAAUUUUGACAGUUCCGAACAACUGACAGGCCGAUACCGUUAAUCAGUGGGUUACUUUGCGUCAACCUCGUCGGUGACAAAAUAUCAUGUAUCCCCUUACAUUUUCAUAUCUUGUGAAACCAAAAAAAGCUACGAAUUUUUUUAUAAUCUAUCGACGUCCUGAAGUAUUUUUUCUCCAAUGUAUCAUUCGACGAAAUGUUAAUAAUACUCGAAACAAUUUUUUCAAAAACCAUUAACCUACCUAAGAAAAAGGCAUCGUGGCAGUAAGCAGGUUUUGUGAGGUUAGAAUUCUGACCAUCUGAUACUCGUUAUUCCACGGUUUUUUUUAAUUAAAAUUUGACAAAUUAAUAUUACUUAACAUUAAACAAUGAUUCUUCGGGACCGUCUUAUAGGUACGUCACUAUUUUAAGACUGCCACUAAUGUAAUGUGUUACUUGGGGGUUAUAUUUAUAUUGUUUGUGUGUCUAGUUUUGCUUGGGCAUUGGUAAUUUAUUGAAACAUGAAUUGAUCGAAUAUUAAAAAAUACUUGAGAUCGAAUGUUGAUGAAGUACCUAAAUGUAAAUACGCAAAACUUAACAUCCUAUAAAAUAUGAAAAAGAAUAACUCUGUAACUUAACAAAAAACGCGUUUUAGAAGUUUAGUAAACAUUUAUCUGUCACAAUUUUUAAGGAAAUUUAAUGUGCUACUUUUUUCAAACUAAGUACUUAAACGAUGUUGCAUGAUAUACAUUCAAUCAUAAUUAAUAUGCUACAGAAAGUGUUUGAAAGAAAAGAAAGAAAGAAAGAAAAUACAUUUAUUUUUUAUUUGUUUCCUCUCCAAAUUGUUAACUUAAGGAAAUUUGAAUGGUCAGCAAAUUAUGUAGGUCUAUUUAAGCGAUAGUAAGCAUAAUAUUUUUGUUUUAAGGUACCUAAAUGUCCCAGUGCUCAAAACUAGCAAGUCACUUUAACCCAAUGGUUGACUGAAGGAGAAUGCCUUGAGGUCUGUUCACCCGUUGUACUCUUUAUAGUCAUUCAAUUAUGUUUAAAAUAGAUAAAUAUCUACUUCUAGAAUUGACUGUGCCAACAGUUGGUACAUUUUGUCCAUUGUUAAACCUAAGAUGGCAAACAUGGGAACGUUUACCUUUAUUUUUCGAAAUGAAGUACAAUUACCGAGAUGUACAUAGUUUAGUUUCAUAUUUUUGUAUUGUGGGUAUGGUAUUGUAUUGUAAUGUACAGUAUAUUAUUAUAUGAGAGUCGAGGUAGGCUGAAGUUUCACAGGAAGAGUUACUCGGCUGCAAGCUUUAGUUGCUGGUGUAUAUAGAUACCUAUACUUAUUUCUCUUAUACAUGUGUUCGAGAAAAUCUACUUGUGUAGCUUCAGUAGUUAAUACAUUCUUAUUAUAAGUUACGUUCAUAAAUAAAAAGAAACAUAUUCAUCACUUUUAUUCUACGACUUGUAUUUUAAUAUGGAAAAUAAACAUCAUUAUGUAUCAA